CUAUCCUGGCGGCGGUACUUGACUUUGUUUUCCAUGGGUUCUGAAAGCAAGGUCGAAGCGUCGUCGCCGCCCCAGGCUAAACGAAAGGGAUGGUACCUUCUUUGUCUUGCGUUGGUAGCAGUGUGCUGGAUGGCCUACCCUUACCCGCCUCAUUCACCUAAAGUGAUCGGCAACUCGUCGUCACACUGCUCGCACCUUAGCCCACUCCCUGCUUCCGAAUUCCACACUCGCCUGUCUACUCUCGGCGAGACCCUCACUACUCUCAAAGCCUCUGCAUAUAUCACUGAACCUGGUGCAAACGCUCUGUACUACGCCAACAUCUCGACCUCGCACUGCCACCUCUCUGAGAGACCUCUGCUGCUUAUCGUGGAUGCCUCUGCCCGGGUAACGGUCCUGACGCCCAAGUUUGAAGGUACACGUGCAAGGUUGCUCCCUAUAUUGUCUGAUGUGAAGUGGGUGGAAUGGGCAGAGGAUGAGGUUCCGUAUGGACAACUACCUGAUAUCGAAGGAACGGUAUUCGUGGAUGGGAAUAUCCGUCAUUUCAUCGUCGAUGGCCUACGAACGGCGUUCCCAAAGGCUAUAAUAAGCGCUGCUCCCCCAGAGAUCAGGCAGUUGCGAGAACGCAAGUCGAAGAGAGUGCUAGAGUUGCUCAAAUGUGCCAACGAGGCCACCCUUCUAGCCAUCCGACAAACACACAAACAAAUGCACCUCGGCAUGCGAGAGUCCGACGCCCGUAACCUAGUCACGGCGGAUGCCUUACCCCAUUCGGAGAAAACGCCGCCCUCCCUCACGGAAGCGGCACAGACUGCCUUGUUCGACUGCACCGCCUCCUUGCACGGCUACUGGAGCGACGUCACACGUACACUCGCUCUCCUCGCCUUCACCAUCCCCAAUACUCAUAUCCAAAUAUGGAACUUUGUCCACUCGGCUCAGAAUAUCGCGUUUGGGACUGCCCAUGCAGGUGUAGUCGCCAAGUGCGUCGACGAGGCUCCGAGGCUCUUCCUCGGUCUUGCGGGGUAUGCAAAGUAUUUCACGCAUCGUCUUGGGCAUGGGAUUGGCUUGGAAGUCCAUGAGGACCCUUGA